UUUAGCACUUUUCAAUUUCCAGGUUUCCGUGUUUCAGAACAGAUAACUUCCCAGCUGGCCUUGUUGUUGCCAUCCAUGCAUCCAUGUAUGUCUAUGUCUCAGUGUUGUUUGUUCUUUGUGUUUGUAGUUUGACAGUGGUUAAGUUACCCGUGUGGGCAUCCGCUCUUCAGGCUCCUAGGCAGGCUCCCCUUCAACCUCUCCCCGUCUCAUCACCAUCUCUAUCGUCAACAGUCCUCAUUUCCAUCCUCAUCCUCACCCUUUAGUUCAGUUUUUCGCCAGCAGUUUAUUCUUCCUUUAUUCUUUACCUACUAGCUUAGCACCAGCGGUGAGCCCCUCAAACCAACGGGAC